AUGGCGCUUGUCGUUGCACCAGUACGGACACAUUGUACCGCGACGGUUUUUACAUUCAUUGCACUGUGGGGGUGCGCGCUCUCCAUCACCCGGUACUCGAUCCCGGAGGAGAUGGAGGAGGGCUCCUUUGUUGCCAACCUGGCCACAGAUCUGGCUCUGGACGUUCGCAGUUUGGUGCAGCGCAGCGCGAAGCUCGAUGUCAUUCACAGCAAGAAUUACCUUGACAUCAACAAAGAAACCGGAGAGCUGGUGAUCCGCGAGAAGAUCGACCGGGAGAGCAUUUGCAUGACCAAAGCGACCUCGUGCUUUCUGAAAAUGGAUGUCAUACUAGAGAACCCCAUUCGCAUCUUCAACCUCGAGUUAGAAAUCAUGGACAUAAACGACAACGCGCCCGUGUUCCGCAGGAGGACAAUGCACUUGGACAUCUCGGAGGCAACCCCUCCCGGUGAGCGCUUUUCAUUGACAAACGCCGUGGAUGCGGAUGUGGGGGCGAACUCCAUCAAGACCUACUAUCUCAGCGAAAGCAAGUACUUCAACAUCGAUAUACAAACUGGCAGCGAUGGCUCCAAAUAUGUCGAUUUGGUGCUGAACGGUCAGUUGGACCGGGAGGAGCACACGGUUCAUAAUUUGAUUUUAACGGCUGUGGAUGGAGGGGUGCCUCCCCGCUCCGGCACAGCCAGCAUCGUUAUUAACGUGCUGGACAUCAAUGACAACGCCCCCCUCUUUAGUCAGCCGGUAUUCGCAGUCAAUGUCUCUGAGAACGCGGCUGCGGGCACGGUGGUCAUGACCUUAAACGCAACAGACUUGGAUGAAGGCACAAACGCUCAGCUAGUGUAUUCUUAUACACUGUACACCUCGGAGAAGACCCAAGAGCUCUUCUCGCUAGAUCCGAACACAGGUGAGAUCAAGGUGAAGGGGGUGAUCGACUAUGAGGAGAGCCAGAGCUUUGAGAUGCACAUACAGGCCCAGGACAGGGGGGUGAACCCCAAGACGGGACACUGUAAAGUCAUGGUGUACGUCACAGAUCUGAAUGACAACUACCCCGAGGUGACCAUAAAGUCUGUGAAAAGUUCACUGACUGAGGACGUCUCCGUGGGGACGCUGAUAGCGGUGGUCAGCGUCAGCGACAGGGACUCUGGAGCCAACGGGCAAGUGGAGCUCAAGUUGAAUCGGCAAGAAUCUUUACCGUUCCUCCUGAACAGAUCCUCAGAGGGUUACUUUGAGCUGCUGGUCUCAAAGCCACUGGACAGAGAGAUCAUAAGCAAAUAUGACAUCACACUGAGGGUGAGGGACAAAGGUUCGCCACCCUUAUCUGAAAACGAAACCAUCACUUUGGAGAUCCUGGACGUCAACGACAACGCGCCCGCCUUCUCCCAGUCCUUCUACACAAUCCACGUCGUGGAGAACAAUCUACCAGGGGCGUUAUUGACAUCUCUUAGUGCGUUUGACCCCGAUCUCAACGAGAACCAGUACUUGGUCUAUUUCAUAAUGGAGAAAGAGAUUGUUAACACGUCAAUGUCAAUGCUGUUCUCCAUCAACCCUGAGAAUGGUGAUCUUUAUGCCCUGAAGACCUUUGACUAUGAGAGGGAGAGGGAUUUCCUCUUCCACAUCGAGGCUAGAGACUCUGGCGUGCCACCGCUGAGCAGUAAUGUGACAGUUCACAUCAUCAUCCUGGACCAGAACGACAACACCCCUCUCAUAGUGUCACCUUGGCGGGCGCAGGGCUCCGUGGUAGAGGAGGUGAUACCGAGGUCCACGGAUAAGGGGCACUUGAUCGCCAAAGUGAUCGCCAUCGACGCCGACUCCGAGCAGAACGCAAGGGUCACAUAUCAGCUCCUGCAGGUCAGCGACGCAACCCUGUUCAGCCUGGAUCAGUACAACGGUGAGAUCCGGACCACAAGGAUGUUCAGUUACAGAGACCCGAGACAGCAGCGGCUGGUGAUUGUCGCCAAAGACAACGGCCAGCCCGCCCUCUCCGCCACGGUCACCAUCAAGAUAUCAACAGUGGAACACGUCAUGUCCUUCUCAGAGACCACAGAGCUGCCGCUAGAGUAUGACGUCUUCACAGACCUGAACCUGUACUUAGUAAUCGGAUUAGGGGCUGUGUCAUUCCUGCUACUGAUAACCAUCCUGGUUAUCAUUGUGCUGAAGUGUCAAAAACCAAAGCCAAAGGCCUUCAAGAUGCCCCCCGCCAACAGAAACAGCGUGGUCAGCAGGAACAGCGUGAUCAGCCAGAGAAGCUCCACCAUCGCAGAUUCCACCCUGAUCUCCAGCGAUGCCUACUGGUACAGUUUGUUCCUCGCCGAGACCAGGAAAGGCAAAGUGGUGGUGAGACAACCCAUAAUUCCAAAAGGAGCUGGGUAUUUUGUGUCCAGUAUACCCAGGAGCAUAGGGCCGAGUGAGACCACAGACUCCAGAGCAUCCACACUGGAGCAGGAGCCCAGAAGAGAACUGCCAUGAUAUAAUCACCUCUUCAUGGGAGUCUCUGGCUGGAAUUCUUCCCUGUGACUCACAAAGAAGAUGUAAAAAACAUCUGUCCUCCCUCAGUCCCUCCUCUCCAACUUGUUCUCUCUCUCUCUAGCGAAUACAAACAUCGACCACGAACCACCUCAGCUUUCUACCUUUUUUUCUCUCUUAAGCAUGGAUCUGCAUGGUUCUACAACAUUCAAAAAUAUUUGGACAUAGGAUUGAAGUAAUUCACGGCAGUAUAUUUGGACAUUCCUAGAGUUUCCUCAUGUAGUAAAUCAUUCCUACCUUAACGCUUUGAAACUCCUCAGUGGACAUAUUUGCCUUCUCUCCAGGGUUUACUGUGUGCUGUAGUUCUAGAAACCAUCAGUAGCUCAACACAUACGUAAGUCGCCAUCAUGCAACCUUUUCUAAGCAAGAGCUCGAAAACACGCCUAUUCACAAAUACACGUCUGAAUCAGGGUGAAUAUGAUUCUUCCGUAAAAGCUGAUAAAUGCUGAAUUGUAGCUGGUUAAGUCACUGAUUCAGGCUUUGCACUCGGUGUUGAUCUUUUCUGAGUAAUAAUUUCUACCGUAUUAUGGUUCUUGCUUUUCAGCGAGGGUCACAGUGUCAACUAGUAUCUUGCCGAUAAAAUAAUUAAUGAUCUGACAUAGUUUGUUUUUUUACAAUGUUUGUUGUACUCAACAGUGAUGAAUGUGUGAUGAUGACAAAAAAAGAAUGAAAGAAAAGAAAAUGAAAAUGAAAAACAAAAACAUAGGAGAUACAUUGUUUCUCAUUUUAUUUGAUUGUAGAUACUGUAGUUCUAUUGAAAUUAAGAUGAGGUCAGAGAGGUCUCACUAACAUCAGGUGUACAGUUCAUACCUUAUAGACAUCUGUGCUGUUAUAUCUGAUUGGACACACCGUUAUCUGGCUGUAUUGUGGAGCCACGAAUUACAGUGAGCAAGGGUGAAUGGGGGAGGUGUGUCCUCAUCAAUUUUGCAUUCAGAGACUCUAUGACAUCACAAAAUGGAGGGUGUGGUGAAAGUGGGCAACAUGUAAAACAUUCAAACAUGACAAACAGGGUCAAAUGUCCAUUCCACUUUCUAUGUAACAAGAGUAUUUCUUUUCAAAUUUAUAAGCUAUUAUCGUCGCAAUCUAAUUCCUGCGGAUACAUCUGGCAAUCCAAAUAUUAACUGCAAUCAUGCAUUACACACAGUGAAGAUCAUGUUCAAUUUAAAAGAAAAUACAAUGACAGCGGAAAAUUUGAAAAAAAUAUUUUGUAAUGAUAAAUACUCUGUUUAUUGAAAAGAUUUAAACUAUCAAAAUGUAUUGAUCUUUGCCAUGGUACAAGGGGGGUAAACGGUACAGGCAAGGUAUUGUUUUAUGAAUAUUCAUGUUUUUAUAGAUAUUUAUGUAUUUAACUUUUAAUGCUGCUUUCGUGAGCUUCUUCAAGGGCAUUUUGUGUUGCAUAUUUGUAGUUUGGUGCAUAUGAUGUUGUUUUAAUAGCGUACAUAUACGUUACAAUUGAAACUAGAGUACUUUUCUUGACCUCAAAAGGUAGCGCUGUUGCACUACUAGUGAAGCCCAGGACUUUCAUUUCUCAGAAACAAGGAGCUCAUUAGGACCACUUAUUAGGGUGCUAAAUGAUAGAGCCUAAUUGGGUGAGGCAAGGAAACGGGAUUGGGAGAAGGAGAGCACGGUGCUAAUUAUAGUUCGCAGUAUUCUAGAGCUGACUCUGCAAGAUAAAACUAAAUAUGAACACAUAGGCGGUGCAUAAGAAGUAUUAAGCAGAUGACAGCACUCUGAAAUAUGCACCGGAUCUAAAUGUGAUCGCAGCAUUCACUCAGCAAAUGCAGCAGAGAGAGAAUAUUUCUAGGUGUAUCAAGCUACAUAUUCUGAGUCAGUGAAAUCUAACCUCCCUCUCUCUAUCUCUCUUAUCCUCUCCCGCUGUUGCCUGGUGCUGGUGGUGCACAGGGCUUCCCAGACAUAAACACAGCUGUCUGUCGCACUAAAGAUGUCACUUAAUGAGGGAUCUCUUGCUGUGGAGUACAUGUUAUGUGUGCAAUCAACGCCUGAACCGGUUUAAUCCAACAGUGUUACUAGAAUUAAUGAAUUGCACAUAUGAUGAGCUCCUUGCGUGCCUUCUGCAUUGUUAAAGGUAAACGUGACUGUUGAUGAAUGAAAUAAUGGCAUGUCAUGCAAUAUUACAAAUUACAAAAAUGACAAUAACCCAAUGAUGAAAUACCUUGAAUUGCUAAGGCGUUGCUGGAUGGAGGGCUCAGCCAUUUGGUUUCAUGUUCUACUGAGAAACGGUAAAUGCAUUUACUGUAAAUUGAACUGCUUUAUACUUUGUGUUUUUUAUACAGUAGACUUUUUUGAUAUCUUCUGUAUUCACUGUGAUCAAAUGGCACAGGAGGUGCUCGUGCUUGGUAUAGUAAAAGUGCGUUCUUUUUUUUUCCAUCGGUGUACCACGCUCAGUUUUCUUUUCCUCUGCCAAUUUGCCAGUCAGAUUGUACAGUACGCUUCGGGAAUUGAAUCAAACUCAAUCCAGUUCCAAUCCCAUUUAGUGGAUCAAAGACAGUAUGGGAGAGAAUGGUCUUGCUUUAUUUUUCAAGUCUAGUUAAUUGUCAAACUUUUGAUGUUGCUUAUUUGGCUUAAAUGUUCUGCCUGAUCAUGCUAGUUUGAAUAAAGCUUUUUAA